GAUGUUAUGUCAACCUUCUGUCAAAUAAAGGCUACUAGUGCCACAUAAAAUAUUACAAAAAGAUACCAAUGAGAUGCAUUUUCCAACAAGGCCAGAGAUUAUCCUUCACUAAAACAGCAAAUAUCACUUUGAGACCUUUUAACGUUUUACGUUUACUACAAUGCCAUAUUAUCAGGUGAGCUCCAAGUAUGAAGAAACUUGUUUUCUUUAUGAUUUAUAUAAUAACAUGCAGCAUAACAUAUCUGUUCCACAGCAAAACGAUGGGCAGUUCACUGUGAUCCAGCUUGUCGGUAUGCUACGUGGCAUUGCUUCGGGCAUGAAGUACCUUGCGGACAUGAAUUAUGUGCAUCGUGACCUCGCUGCCCGAAACAUCCUGGUCAACAGCAACCUUGUGUGCAAAGUGUCAGACUUCGGCCUCUCCCGCUUCUUGGAGGACGAUACAUCAGAUCCCACGUACACAAGUGCUCUGGGAGGGAAGAUCCCUAUCCGAUGGACGGCUCCCGAAGCGAUCCAGUACAGAAAGUUCACCUCAGCUAGCGAUGUGUGGAGCUACGGGAUUGUCAUGUGGGAAGUCAUGUCCUACGGAGAGAGACCUUACUGGGACAUGACCAAUCAAGAUGUCAUCAAUGCUAUAGAGCAAGACUAUCGGCUGCCCCCGCCGAUGGACUGCCCCAGCGCGUUGCACCAGCUCAUGUUGGACUGCUGGCAGAAGGACCGCAACAACCGUCCCAAGUUUAGCCAGAUUGUUAACAACCUCGACAAGAUGAUCCGCAAUCCCAACACACUGAAGGCCAUGACUCCUUUAGCUUCAGGGGUUCAUCUCCCUCUUCUGGACCGCAGCAUCCCAGACUUCUCCACCUUCAGCACUGUGGACGAGUGGCUGGAUGCCAUCAAGAUGGGCCAGUACAAAGAAAACUUUGCCAGUUCUGACUUUUCAACAUUUGAUGUGGUGUCUCAGAUGACCAUGGAUGACAUCUUGAGGGUUGGCGUGACUUUAGCAGGCCAUCAAAAGAAGAUCCUGAACAGUGUCCAGAUGAUGCGUGCACAGAUGAACCAGAUUCAGUCGGUGGAAGUUUGACCCUCCUGAGAGGAGCAGAGGGGGAUGAACGGUGUUGGGAGACAGGGCUCUGGACGUGGAGGAUGGAGUGGAUUUUCUUUUUUUCCUGUGUGGCAUUGUGUCUGGUUUUUCCCACCAGACUACCAUCAAGCCCCACGUUCCCCUACUCCCGUUCCCUCUCUCCUCCUCCUCUCUCUUCUCCCUAACCCUCCCUCCGUGCUUGGGAUAAGAUGUGGAGAGCUGCGACGACGCAAGUCAAAGCGAUGAAGAAUUCAGCCGGCCCGCAGCCAAACCCACUAUUAAAACCAGAAACACGGGAGGUUAGAAGUGACCAGCAAAUCAAUUUUUUCAAUCUUCCACCAGUUUUAUUUGUUUCAGCAUUUAUUUCCCUUUUUUUUUUUUUUUUGGUUUGUUUAUUCUGAUAAUUUUGUAAAGAUUUUUUUUAAAGAAAAGAGAAAAACUGAUAAGGAAUGGAGUUUAUCUAAAUUUAUAGAUGAUAUACAGCUGUACACUAGUUGAACUCAGUAGGAAAGCUACCCUUUAAAAGGGCAACAACAACAAAAAAAAAGAACGAAGGAAGAGUUGGGGAGAGCAUUCUCAACAUGGUGUGCAAAUCGUCUCUUGUUUAUAAUUUUGGACAGCAUGUGGAAACACAGAGUUCUCUGUGGCCUUCUGCAAAAGGGGAACUCGACACGCACGGCCAACUGGUGCCACAGGUUCAAAAAAAAAAAAGAAAGAAAAAAGAAAUACAAACCAUGAAAUGGACAACCUGCGGCAUAGACUGAUGUUAAAAGCCCUUUCAGUCAGAUGGACAAACAAUGCAGCAAAAUGAGAAAGAAAAUGGGGAGAAAAACUUUUUUUUUUCUCUCACCACGAGAAACUUUUAAUGUUGUUGACAUUUUGUAUUGAAGAAUCCCUCUUGCCAUGCUUCCUCUCACUAAAGACUAGUUUAUUUUUAUUUUUUUUUCCACAGUGAAAUAUUCACAGUCUGCCAAAUAGAACUCUUCCCCUUCACACUCUGGUAUUGAUCCUGUAAUGUACAUAUCAGAUGCACUUGACCUGCCAUAACACGACCCACUCAGAGAUAGUUAUUGUAGGCGAUUAGUUCAAGAGCUGAAGACGUGAUUACAGGGAGGUAUGAAGGAGUUGUUGCUUCUAGCUGCAUCUUUUUAGCUUGUGUGAAAAACAGCAAAACUGACUUCCAGAAGAGAUUCUUAGAAAAAAAUAAAAUUGAAAAAAAAAAAAAAAACAGGUUCUACUGUUUACAUCAGACUCAGAAUAAAGACAAAAAAAAACA